AUGGGCGUGGCCCUGUGGCCCAGGCGAGCGCUGAUUGGUCGGUGUUUUGACGCCUUGAGGGCGAAGGCCCUGUCUGCUGGUUGCAGGUCACCUAGGCCCGGGCUGGAGGGGCGUGGUCUGGCCGCUGGAGCGCCCCCCUCAGCGCACCCCACCUCAGGCUUCAAGCCUCAGCCUCGCUCCACAGAGCUGAGAGGCCUGACGCCCGGGGCGGACAAGGCUUGCGCGGCCACCCAGCCCCUCCCGGGACCCGAACCGAUGACCGACGGCGGUGGCACCAGGCUUCCCAGUAUGUGGGGUUCUAGUAGACUCUUAGAUUCCAAUGAACAGCCCAGAACCAGCUUCCUGAAUCUAGAUGACAGGAAGCAGAGAAAAAAUCACACCAACAAACUGCAAGAGCUGGCAAUGAUGCUACCGAUAACUGCAAAGAUGGGUGCCAAGAAAGCCACCAAGAAGGAGAUUCUGCUACACAUCCUGCACUACAUUCAGUUCCUGCAAAGAAGCAUCGAUGUGGCCAGGUCCUUGAUCUCAAUCUACACCACUGAGGUGGGAGGUGUGCUUGGCGGGCUGGGGCAGAACCUAGUUGGUGGCCCAGUAAGCUGGAGACACUCCACUCCGUCGAGCUCCCCACAUUCUCUGAAGCCCCAUCUGCAGGGGACAUUCCAGAAACCUCGGAAGAAGAAGACAUCUCUGGCAUCAGAACACCAGAGCCGGGCCCAGAACUCUCGUCGCUGCCUGUCCCUGGACAAGCUCAAGAGGCAAGGAAGUCCGGGUCCAGAUCUGCAAGGAGCAAAGCUUGUGGAAACCAACAACCCCCCUAGGAACCCCGACUCUAGCACUCUCAAGAUCGAGUCACUGCCACCGCCUCAAGGCGAGGUGAAGGAAGAAGAACUCUGGCUGACAAUGAUGGACAUGCCCAAGACCCCGUGUGAAAAUUCCAGCUGCAUUUGCAGAAACAGUGAACAGCCUGAUGGACUUUACUGUGCUUCACAGGCCCUGCAAGGGCCUGAGAAUAUCCACUUUCUCAAAAGAAAGCAACACUGUCCCAGGCAGAAGUUGGCAUUCGAGUCUGGCGAGGAGGUGGACAAUUCCCUAGAUGCUGACCCUUGGCUUCCUGUCUGGACCCCAGAGGGAAGCCCCCAUGGGAGUGCACUGGCCUUGGGCCCACCUCAGAUUAACCACUGGGAUAUGACAGGCCACCCAAGCGAGAUCCUGGGCCUCAGCCCUUCCCUCUUCAGCUCCCCGGGGAAGCUGCUGCCGGAACAAAUCCUGGAGGACAGCAACGAAUGCCUGACCCAAGCUUUCUUUGAAGAAGUGUUCUUAGACCCUGUGGCUUCACCUUUGACCUGCAUGCUAGAGGUGCCAAAGCAGGAACCACCCUCUGAGGUCACUGAAGACCUUCCGGACGCAUACAGUCUCCAGCAGUCCUCAGUGUCACUGGACCACUGCUACCUGCCGCUGAGUGACAGCAGCAAGGUGGCCGGGAGCCCCAGCUCCCAGGACACUGACAGCACUGACAGCUCCCAGGACACAGGACAGCAGGAGAUCGCUGGAGUUCCUGAAGGUCUGCUGUCCUCCAGCGAAGACGGAGACUACACAUGGACCCCCACAUUGAGGCCCACUGGGAGGAAGGCCAAGAAGGGGCGUCGGGCAGACAAGGGCCCCACCAAGCCCAAGGAAAACCAAAAAGGCCCCUGCACCACCCAGCCAAAGAAAAAGUGUGUCAAUGGAUUCAUCAUGUUCUGUAGGAUGAACCGGAAGCAGUACAUUCGAGCCUGCCCUGGGACGGCGUCCACAGCUGCCACCAAGGAGCUGGCCCAGCUCUGGCGGGUGAUGACCCAGCAGGAGCGGAGACCAUACUGCAUCAAAGCCCGAAGGUUCAGCCGCCAGCACAACAGGAAUGUGAAGCAGGAGAGCGCCAGCAGCGAGGAUGAGGAGUGGGGCCACCCUAAGCCCUUCUACCAGCUGCUGGCGGAGAAAGCCCGACGCUCAGCAGAGGAGAAGGUCCGAUGCUCAGCAGAGGAGAAGGCCCGCUCAACAGAGGAGAAGGCCCGAUGCUCCCAGGCUCAGACCCCAGGGCCCCCGGGGCUGGCUCUGUGGCUGCCCACCCCCGUCCACAGGCCUCCUCACCACCUUACAGCUCUGCAUGGGCUAGAACCAGGUGCCGGUGGUGAAGAGGUUGCCUUUCCUGGCCGCAUUCCUGCUGCCGGAGCUGGUGAGAAUUGA